GCGGAUAUGUGUCUUGCUAGUUUUUUCCGAAAAGAUUUUUUUUUUUAAAUUAUUAUUUUUUUAAUUCAAACAAAUCUUUCGAAAGGAUUCCCUGAUAGCUUGGCGUGAUUAAAUAUCGAUGACCAAUAAUACUGUAUCUACAUAUUGAAUAAUUUAUGUUAUUAACUAUAGAACUUUCGCGUUCUUUAAAACAAGGUUUUGUAGUUAAAUAAUAUUAAUAGUUACGACAUGGGAGUAGUUUUCUCGGUUUGAUAUUUUGUAUAUGUUUGAUAUACGUUAUGAAAUGUGAAAGAAAGGACCGGGACGGACCUGAAGUUAGCCAGCUAAACUAACCAGGCAUGAUCAAACAGUGUCGGUGACUGAAGAAAUUUAGCUAGAUGCCUGACAGCGAGUAGGUAUGUUGUAGUCAGCUGUACUACAGGCUAACACACCGAAAUCCUUCAGAUAGUAUUACGGUAAUUUUGACUAGUUAGUCAACUAUAGUGGUCUCAAGUUGAAGGUCUCCACUCCACUUUUGGGUGCAGUUUGAGUAGACCGCCCCCUCCCCGAAAACCGCAUCAAGCUCAACUUCAGCAGUAUCAUCUCUCGACUUGCGGUCAAAUUAAAUGAUGACAAAGAUGCUGAAUAUUCUACUUGUCCUUGCAACACUAGUAGGUGCAGACGGUGUGUCACUCAGAAUAAUUCCAGCUGCAGAUGGCUUUUCGUUCAUCCGUCUAGUCCGUGGGGACAGUGACUGUGCGGGGCGCGUGGAGCUGCUCCAGGGGAAUCAGUGGGGGACAGUGUGUGACAAAGGCUGGGACCUGACAGAUGCUGACGUGUUGUGCAAGGAGCUGGACUGUGGGCUGGCUGAUAAAGCCGUCCGUGGAGCUGCGUUUGGAAGGGGCACCGGAGAGAUCUGGCUGAGGCACGUCAACUGUUCGGGCCAAGAGACGAGCCUGACGCAGUGUCCCAGGGUCGUCAACGGGAACCCCACCUGCACCCAUGAUAAUGACGCUGGGGUGAAAUGUUCAGGUACACUGUUGAUGCCCACCCUGUCCCUGCUCUCCCCUCACACCGUCUUCUCUCCCGGGGAGGCGGUUCGCUUCAGCUGUACUGUGCUACAGGGCCACCACCUGAAUUACUUCGACCUGUAUAAGAGGGGCAUAGCCAACCCGUUGAUGACUCAGCGGGUGGCCUUUGAACAGUCCAGGGUGGAGUUUACUCUGCCAAACCAGAAGACUACUCAACAGGGCAGCUAUAGCUGUCUGUACAGGAUCAAGGGUAUCCCUCCCUCCUCCUCCAUGCUCAGCUCUCCACCCAGCAACUCUAUCAACAUCACUGUGGUGGAGCUGCUCACCCCUCGGCACUGGUACAACACGUCCAUCGAGGCUCCCACAGGCUCUGUCAUCAAAGGCCACAGCUUCAGCAUCACCUGCUUCACUGAGAAGCAGUAUCCUGGAGGUUCCUUCCAGCUGCGUCUGAUCCGCUCCAACGACACGGUACGCCAGUCGCUGCCCGCCCUUACUCCCGCUGUCACCUUCAGCUUCUCAAACGCACAGCUCUCCAACGAGGGCUACUAUUACUGUCUCUAUAUGGUCCAGCUUGACGGGAGAAUCUUCGUGUCCCGGGAGAGCCAACCGCUUCCUAUCUCCAUCAGAGACCCAGACCCAGUGUUGAGCCUUAUGGUGAUCAGCUGGCUAGCUUCUGCUCUGACCUUCUUUGUGGCUCUCGUCAUCGUCAUCAUCAUCAUCAUCGUUGCCAGAGUCAAGCUCUGCAAGCAACGGGAGAACCCCUUGGCGCUAGAGCUAGAGACCAGAACCUGUGAGUCCUUGUAUCGUCUCACACCUAGCUUUUAUCCUGGAAUCCAGGUUGGGGUGUGGACAACACGUACGUUGCCUUGGAUGAUGAGCUGGGCAGAUAUAUUGGAUAAAGAGAAGGACCAUGUGUUUGUGAGAGAACCAUCAAGAUGGAACCCACAAUGCAGACAUUCCUGAGCUUGACAACCUUCCUCAGGGAUGGGUCACAGACAGAGAUAGUGACACAAGACGAGUACCAAAGCACUGCGUAGGAGCCAUACACACGACAUCUACUAGAACCUGGUAGAAUCCUGCAUUAGAACAUGACAACAACACUUGUAGGUAGAUAUGUUAAGCCAUCAUACAUAUACCAGGCACACUGUAAUGAACACUACAAUCAACUAACUAUAAAAGGACAAUGACCCUAUGGGACACUUUGGCUUUUCUAGGCCAGUUCUCAUGACAAAAAUUCAGGUACAACUGACGAGACUGGACAUGAAUUCGACUGAGCACUAAGUUCCAAUGCCAAUGAUUUUAAUUGUUAAAUGAUGGUUGAAUAAGACUGACGGUCAGUUAAACUUUUUCACUAUUGACGUCAACAAGAGAACAGCGGACACUUGUUGGACUGAAGAUUGAUUCACUUUAAGGCGUCAGCAUACCGCAGUUCGGCUAGGCAACCGAACGAGUGUGGUCGCGUACUCCCUUAAAAGACCUUCGCUUGAAAAACAAGAGGCAGUAGUACUGUUUGUCCAGUUUGAGGCGCCGUAGCCAGUAUACACUUCCUCACAAUAGUCUGAAUUAAUCUAAGAUACAGUAACUAAAGAAAUCUGCAUUUUUUUUACGUUUUUUCUCAAGAGACUUUAGUCGCGUAAUUUUUUUAUUUUUUUUUACAUCUAACUAAGAUGUUUGGUGCAGUAUUUCGCAAUGAAAAUAAUGUGCAUGACAACAUGUCGGUUUGAAGACCGAAAAGCACCCUAUCCCCUCAGCAUUGAAAUUAAGUGGACACUUGUGAUGACGUGUCAUGACAAAAGACGAGUAAUACACUUGGAGGGCGAGGGAGGAAGGAAUGAUUUUUAAAUAGACCGCCCUUGCCCGGAAAUUCGUCCCUCGUUCAUCCCGUUAUGAUUAUGUUUUCAGCCAAUUAUGAUUGCAUGUCUACUUACAUUACAUAUAUACGUAUUAAUAUACGCCUACUAUAUGAUAGCUAGAAAAUGUAUUAGCUAAAUAACAUUAGCCUGCCUAGUUGGAACUUCCGAAGAAGGAAAAUGUUUUAUUUAUACAUUUUCCAAAAGCUAACCAAACAAAAACAUUACUUUUAUGAGACAUGUUUGUGCAUUAGUAGCACAAUUUCUGACUUAUUUAACAUUCGUUUUUACUUACACGUGUAUGUUGACUCCAUAUGUUGUUUUAAUUUUUGGCAUACUUUUCUUAAGUGGAUGUACAAUCGCCGCGAAUUGAAUUAUGGGGAGUUUCAGGCCCCGAAGUGAACAUAAUUGUACACAAGCUUUUUAUUUUUAAUUAAAAUUAAAAAAUGUAUUAACAACAAAUCAAUACAUAAAGCACAUGAGGGAACACAAGCAUACAUAGAUUACAAACACUCGUCUAAAAACGAGGGGCUGGACGUUGCAAACUUCCCUUGCUAAUAAUUUGGACCGCCCGCCAAGAUGGUGACGGGGAUUCCCCCCAGGGCAUAAAGCGAGGUCUCUUUUAUGAAUUGGAACAGACUUUACGGAAUAAUCUCUGCUAUUGAUCAAUCACCGACGAAGGGGUUCGGUUCGCCUAAAAAAAAUGUGUGCAUGAACAACAUUCAAAAACGUCACAAUUGUCAUAAUAUAAACACAAACUUCCGAACUGUUUCGGUUUGUAAGCAUGUGGAUGGAUGCUUUCAGUCUGGCAGCAACCACUCCUGAUUGGUGGAGUAGUUUGAUAGCCUGGUCCCAGAUCAGUUUGUGCUGUUUUGCCACUGUUGGUAAGACAAUGACCACAGGAGUGGGCAACAUGGCAUAAACAGAUCUGGGACCAGGCUAGCCGUUUUUGAUGAUACUGGUAUUCAGACAAAGCUUUGACUGUGAAAUCAAUUUGUUCUCUUCAGGUCUCUUGUUAAUACAUUGUGUAUUUACACUAUUUAUUAGUUUAAUCCAUUUUUUUUAUUUUACAAGAUUGUAAAUUAACAGGAGGCUACAUCAAGGAUCAUGAAUUGUUGUUUUCACAGAUAACAGUCCAUGAUUAGUGAGAUAAAUGUGUAGUUAUGUUUCAGUAGAGGUGACCCAAGCGACCAUAGUUAGGAGGGGUAGCACAAACAGAGCUGGGAUCAUCUUGCUGGUAGUUAUGAUGUAGCCUCGGAAGCCCAGGAUCGGAUCGAUCUGGAAGUUAGAAUUUGCAAGACUAAUUGAUGUCCAUCUCCCGUAGAGACUGACUUGCUGAUGUCCAUCUCUACUAGACUGACUAGCUGAUGUCCAUCUCCACUAGAGACUGACUAGCUGAUGUCCAUCUCUACUAGACUGACUAGCUGAUGUCCAUCUC